AUGUUCCGAAUUCCGGAUAAUGAAUUUGAAGCUGCGAUAAACGGGACACUUCUCCAAAAGGAUAUUACUAAAUUAGCCAAAGGAGAAGGAAAGUAUGGCUUCAACGGGAAAGAUAGCGAACGGUUCAUGCGGGCCCAGCUUAAGUCACGACACGGGGAGACAGUGGAAAAAUAUGACCAGUUUUACAGGGAUCACAAAUUGCUCCUGAAAUUAUUUCAAUUGUUGGCCGUUAUGCCCAUUACCAGGUCAGGACCUGGACUUGUAACCUUCAGUUGGAAAUCGUCAGCUACGACUUACGCCUUGAUUUUCUACUCGCUCAUGACAUUGGUUGUAUUGCGUAUUGGCUACGAGCGUGUGAAAAUAUUACAGACGACAAAGGAGUUUGAUGAAUAUAUUUAUGCAAUUAUAUUCAUUCUGUUCCUCAUCCCUCAUUUUUGGAUUCCAUUUGUAGGAUGGGGAGUGGCUAAAAAAGUCGCUGAAUACAAAACAAUGUGGGGUCACUUUCAGGUGAGGUACUACAGAGUAACUAACAUCACCCUACAGUUCCCGAAGCUGAAGAUACUCAUCGUGAUUUUGUUUGUGGGGUGCUUGAUAUGUGCGGUGCUCUUUUUGCUUUCGUUGAGCUCCAUGUUGGAUGGUUACCCUCUAUGGCAUACACUGGCAUAUUAUCAUAUUAUAACAAUGAUAAAUAUGAACUGUUCUCUUUGGUACAUAAAUUCAAGGGCAAUAAAGGCUGCAUCAAAGGGACUUUCUGAGUGCUUCAAACGAGACAUAACCGCGGAAUGCUCAUCAUACAUGCUCUCCCAGUAUCGUUUCUUGUGGCUUAAUUUGAGUGAACUCUUACAAAUGCUGGGAACAGCAUACGCACGAACUUACUCGACAUACAUUAUAUUCAUGUCAGUCAACAUCACGAUUGCUAUUUACGGUGCCUUCUCCGACAUAUUUGACCAUGGAGAGUUUUCACUGAAAGUUGGUGGCUUAGUUGUGUGCACAAUCUAUUGUUCUACUUUGCUCUUCAUUUUCUGUGACUGCUCGCAUAAAGCCACUUUGGAAGUUGCGCAAGGAGUACAGGACACUUUGCUAUCAACCAAUGUACUUAGUAUUGAUAUGCAAGCUCAAAAGGAAGUGGAUUUGUUCAUCCAAGCUAUCGAAAUGAACCCAGCAAUUGUGAAUUUGAGUGGUUACGGCAAUGUGAAUCGAGAGCUACUUUCAUCGGUGGUUGGAACUGUUGCAAUUUAUUUGAUAGUACUGCUCCAAUUCAAACUUACGCUGAUUGCUCAAAAUCAGGCUAUUGGAGUUCAGAAUGCAGUUAAGAAGAUGUAGAUUUGGGAAUAAAUCAAUAUCUCAUCCCCGAUGUUAUCUCUAGUUCUUGGAUGUUCGAAAAAUUAAGAUUGACAUUUAUUUCAUAAAAACAAUGGAUUGAUAUUGCACAAAUAUAUGUACAUUCAAUUAGUAGAAUUCAUGUGCAUUGUAGUCAAGUGCAGUAUUUUGUUUAUUUGUAGCUCUUGGAAAAAUUGUUGAUGAAAUUUCUA